AUGCCGCCGGAUAAAUACUUUUUUCAGGAGGGAUCAAACCAAUUCAGUUGUAUCCUCUGUCGUGGAAAGAGCACCAGCAACCAAAAGAAGCAUGCACGCGGUAAACGACAUCUAAACCUUGUUCGAUUGGAUGAAGAGCGUAUUGAGAGACAAAAAGAGAGGAUCGCUGCGAAUGAGACUUUAAACCAACACGAGUCAAACCAGCCACAGAUUGAGAUAGAACCUAUAUGUGACGACCCCGUUUGUUCCAAUGAGCAAGUCGAACCUCUAGUGAAUGAAACCGAUGAUGAAAGCGAUGUGGUUCCAAUCAGUUUGUUUGAAGAUGGCGAGAGUGAACAUGAGGAGGACGAGCUGGACUGGUUGAACUUACUUGGUGUUGCAAUUGAUCAGAUUGAUGAUGAACCGGCCGACUCCUUUGAUGGACUUCUAGUACCUGCUUUCCAACGUGAAGUGGCCGAAAUCGAGGAUAUUAUGACAGUUGACUCUGUGUGGUUCCCAUUUGUAAACAAGGACGUGUGUCAAUGA